GUUGGGCGGCUGGGACCCAACAUGGCGCUGGCGGCGGCGGCGGCGGCGGGGGGCUCCGGGUCGUCGGGCGGAUGGAAAUACUGAUGACGGUCCGCAGACUCGCCUCCAUCUGUACCAUGGGCGCCAAUGCCUCCGCUUUGGAGAAAGAGAUUGGUCCGGAACAGUUUCCCGUGAACGAACAUUACUUUGGCCUGGUUAACUUCGGCAAUACCUGCUACUGCAACUCGGUUCUCCAGGCGCUUUACUUCUGUCGUCCGUUUCGGGAAAAGGUUUUGGCCUACAAGGUCCAGCCCCGCAAAAAGGAAAGCCUCCUGACGUGCCUCUCAGACCUCUUCAACAGCAUUGCCACGCAAAAGAAGAAGGUGGGGGUCAUUCCCCCAAAGAAAUUCAUUUCCCGACUGAGGAAGGAAAAUGAACUGUUUGACAAUUACAUGCAGCAGGACGCGCACGAAUUCCUGAACUACCUACUGAACACGAUCGCCGACUUGCUCCAAGAGGAAAAGAAGCAAGAGAAGCAGAAUGGCAAGGUGCUGAACGGAAGCACGGAGAGCGAUGAAGGGGACACGACGGACCUCACCUGGGUCCACGACAUUUUCCAGGGGACGCUCACCAACGAAACCAGAUGUCUUAACUGUGAAGCUGUUAGCAGCAAAGACGAGGAUUUUCUCGACCUGUCGGUUGAUGUGGAACAAAAUACAUCAAUAACACACUGUUUGAGGGGGUUCAGUAAUACUGAGACUCUGUGCAGUGAAUAUAAAUACUACUGUGAACAGUGCCGCAGUAAACAGGAAGCACAAAAGAGGAUGCGGGUGAAAAAGCUGCCCAUGAUUCUUGCUCUGCACUUGAAGAGGUUCAAAUACAUGGACCAGCUGCAUCGGUAUACCAAACUCUCCUAUCGUGUCGUUUUUCCUUUGGAACUUCGGUUGUUCAACACUUCAGGGGACGCUACCAACCCCGACAGAAUGUAUGAUCUCGUCGCUGUGGUUGUGCAUUGUGGCAGUGGGCCAAACCGUGGACAUUAUAUCACCAUUGUGAAAAGCCAUGGGUUUUGGUUGCUAUUUGACGAUGACAUUGUAGAGAAAAUCGACGCUCAAGCAAUUGAAGAAUUCUAUGGGUUAACAUCGGACAUUUCCAAAAACUCAGAAUCUGGAUAUAUCCUCUUCUACCAAUCAAGGGACUAAGACAGCACAUUUUAAAACACCUUACAGGUGUACAAAAGAAGGGAUCAAGGCUGUGCCCAGACAGGACAACGUAGUGAUAGUAAAAUCAAUUCCUUGUCAUUGCCAUAAGACCACAGGAGAUCCACAGGAGAUUAGCUGGGCCGUUUCCACAAGGAAGACGACUUCCAUUUGCAAGGAUACAUUUUGCUCCGGAUUUCUUUCUGGGCUAUUUUAUACGUGCUAAUUUCCAAAAUCUCUGUUACCUCUACUUGAAACCUGGCUGCUUAAUUGUUCAAGAACCAAGGAAGGUGUCCUUAAAGUAGCAUUGUGGAAUUUGUUCACGGUUCAAUGACGGCCUGAGACUUUCCCUUGGUUUCUCUUAUUGUCAUUUUUCUGUAUUCUAGCAGAAUGAUUUAAAUCUUCAGUGUUGGCUCUGGACUGGUUUUAGGAUAUGAGCAGGAGGAAAUUGAUGACUGGUUUUGGUGGCUCAGGACUUCAGGAAUGCCACCAGGUUAAGUCACGUUGGAAGCACCACGCCUUUAAUUUUAUGAAUAGAAAAAGGACAAAAAGUUCAUGUUUCUACAGCGUUGUGAAUUUCCUCGAAGGCGUCAUCUUGAUUUCAGAUAACACUAUUUAUUCUAUGUGUCCCCCCCCCACUUUUUUUGUCUCUUUCCCCAAAUCUCCUUGAAAAGUAAUUUUUAUAUGCUUUAUAAUCUAUUAUACUUAAUUGUUUUUGUUAGCAGUUUUGACUCAGAGCCACAAUAUUGCAGAAUCCAGGGGAGCAAAGAAAAAGAUUCAAGUCUUUGGGGUCAUGUCAAGUAUAAAAGCUGAAGUUACUGUAUUUCUUGGAGCUAUUAUAUAAGCCAGAAGUGCCCUCUACUGAAACGGGAUCUGUUUAGUGUUCAUUUCACUGUAUAAUAAAUUCUACACAGAGACACACACAGAAGCAACUUUAGAAAUAGAUCUACAUGCUGUAAAUGCAUACUAAGCAACACAGUGAGGGUUAACUGAUGUAAUCAUUUUUGUCUUGGAAACAAUGGAGGUUUAGAAAGAAACCAUUCAGGUUAACGUGUAGUGAUGCCUUGGGAAGCAUUCCUUUUGAUCUGUUGACCUUUUGCCUCUGAAUAAUUGUUGCCGCGAUCCUACGCUACUGCUGCAUCAACAAGAGAAAAAUAAGGCAAUCUUACAAAGACUGGGUUAGUUAGUGUCUACUUACCAACUUUAUAUAUCGUAACUCCAAGGAUUAUUAGAAAAAAAAUAUGUGCAAUUGAGAAGACUCUGCAAGCAUUAUUUAACUUCAUUUGAAAAUUGUUUUUCGCUGUGUUCCAGUUACUAUCACCGACUCAAUAGAUUAUACUGAUCUUGUAACCAGUUUGGGGUGUGGGAACUUUUGAUGUGCCUGCAUAGCAUCCUCAUGUGGAAUGUGUCCGCACCAGUUUAUUUAAACUGAGAGAGACCCUUUGUGCAGGCUACUUUUAUAGAGGGGAGGGGGUGUGCACAGAUCAGCUCCUAGGGUGACCACGUGGAAAGGAGGACAAGGCUCUGUAUCUUUAGCAGUUGAAUUGAAAAGGGAAUUUCAGCAGGAGUCAUUUGUAUGCAUACAGCACCUGGAGAGAGUCCCUCUUCAUCACAACAGUUGAAGUUGCCGGAGCCCUGCCCUCUUGACCAGAAAUAAAAGAGGGCAGGGUUCUUGCAGCUUUAACUGUUGUGAUGAAGAGGGAAUUUCGCCAGGUGCUGCAUGCAUACAAACAGCUCCUGCUGAAAUUCCCUUUUCAAUACAACUGUUAAAGAUACAGGAGCCCCUGUCCUCCUUUCCAUUGGGUCACCCUAUCAGCUCCCUCUUUUGCAAAGAAUAGGAAAGGCACAGGAGCUCCUUGUGGGCAUUGGUGUAUAUGCGGAGCUCCGUAUUGGGACAGAUGAGUGGAAAUGGAGGCGUGGCUUUCCAUUUUGUUAUAACACGAAAGCUCGCUCUGCUUGUCUCAAAACAGCCCUCUAUGUAAUGCACAUUGGCAGCUGCCAACGAGAUUUACUUGAUGCAGUCCCCUAACUUGUGCUGUUUUUACCAAAAACAAUUAGCUUGUCCAAACAGUGCAUCACAUACUCUUCAUCUUCUUACAGCAGCUGUGUAUGCCAUCUUGCUGUUUUCUUUUGUGUGCCUAGUGGCAUUCCGUUGGCAACACAUUCUACUGUACAAACAAACAAGAACUGUUUACAGAACUGGGUUCAAGUUUCAGUAUUCACAUCCUCAAACUGCUUCAGAAAGGAAAUCAACGUGGUUGAUUUAUAAUGUCUAAUAUGCAACUGGUUGAUGAUACUGCAUUACAUGUGAAUUUUCCCUUUGCUAGAAAUCCUCUUGAAAAGAAAACCCAAACUGGGGUCAAUAACCGAUGUCUGUCAUCUUAUAGGCCUUGGGGUGGGCUAGGUGAGUGGAUGGGCAGGCACCAUGUGUUAAAGGUGCAGACACUAAACAGCAAAUAUGGCAAAGUAACAUAGGAGAACACUAAACUUGUAUUUUGUAUAUUUGGCGAUAAUGUUUUUACAAAUAAAAUUACCUGACUUGAGAGAGAGAGAGAGAGAGAGAGAGAGAGAGAAAUAGAAUAUUGAAAGAUAUAUACUAUAGAUUAAAAGUGCAAUUUUGCUACAGAUUUAUAAGGGAUUACAUUGGAAUAGAGAGGUGUGAUGUUACGUCUGUAAAAUAAAUGACCCCCAAAUUACUCCAAUAAAGGUCAAGAAUGGUGAAA